AUAGACAGAACAUAUGGGUCUUAGCUGUUACAAAGACUGUGAAAGUGCUCUGCAAACUAGGAAUUGUGCUGUGUAAGAAGAAUUCGCUCUUAGUCCUCUAAUACAAGCGAGACCGUUGCCAUCUUCCUCCAUUGAGCUAGCUACUUUAAGAACACUGCUCGGCUUUAGUUCUGGGGCGUGGGUGAAGGGUGCUGAGCAGCUCGAAGGAGGGCGAUGGGUGCGGGUUGCUCGUCAGAGCAAGGCUCUGCAACAAGUGCAGCGCCAGUGGCGAAGGCACCUUCGGUAAAAGCUCAACCAGCUGCUGAGGCGACAAGCCCAAAUCCAGGGGCCCCGCCAGCGGCACAGCCAUCCCGAGCGUCUGUGGACGAAUUCCAGGAGGAGGAUGACACGCCAGCGAAGCGGGACCCUGCGGCUAGGAUGGAGGCAUUGCACAGAUGCUUCGAAGCGCUCGAUAAGGACAAGUCGGGGACAAUCGACUUUAAGGAGCUGAAGCAGUACCUAUUCAAGACGGGUGUCAACAUCUCGCUGAUCACGGGUAAGGCGGAGGAGCUGAUGGCCAAAAUGGACCUCAACAGCGACAACCUCAUCUCGCGAGAGGAGUUCACGCACAUGAUGGAGGCGCUGCUGGUGGAGAAGACGGAUGAGGACCUGGAGGUGUGGGUGGCGGAGGUGGUGUUCACGGCCACCAGCCGCAACGUGGUGGGCUUCGGUGACUCGCUAGGGGAGGCGCUGUCGGGGCUGGACCUCACCACGGAGCAGGUGGCCACGCUGAAGGACUGCUUCCGGCUGCUGGACCGCGACACCUCCGGCUUCGUGGAGCUGCCCGAGGUGAAGGCGCUGCUGGGGCGCAGCGGCAUGGACAUGGAGCACGUGAGCGAGGAGCUGAACGCCAUCAUGACCAAACUGGACAAGGUGGGUCCGCUGGUGUGGCAGGGCGUGCGGGUUGCGGCACCGCCAGACUGGAUUGGGGCAUGUUGUUAGGCAGCAGGCACGGCCUGCGCCCUC